GCCGGAGCGGGGCGAAGAUGGCGGCUCCGCUCAUUCCACUCUCCCAGCAGUUUACGACUGGAAAUCCAUUAUAUGAGUCAUAUUACAAACAGGUAGAUCCAACGUACACAGGGAGAGUUGGGGCUGGUGAAGCUGCACUUUUUCUGAAAAAGUCAGGUCUCUCCGACAUUGUUCUUGGAAAGAUUUGGGAUCUGGCAGAUCCAGAGGUUAAGGGCUUCUUGGACAAACAGGGUUUCUAUGUUGCCCUGAGACUAAUAGCAUGUGCACAAAAUGGCCAUGAAGUUAACUUGAGCAGCCUAAACUUGAAUCUUCCUCCUCCAAAAUUUCAUGACACUAGCAGUCCUUUAUUGGUUACACCUCCUUUGGCAGAGUCCCACUGGGCUGUCAGGGUGGAAGAGAAAGCAAAAUUUGAUGGAAUUUUUGAAAGCCUUUUACCUAUAAAUGGUUUGCUUUCUGGAGACAAAGUAAAACCAGUUCUGAUGAACUCCAAGCUACCUCUCGAUAUCCUGGGCAGGGUCUGGGAUCUCAGUGAUAUUGACAAAGAUGGACAUUUGGACAAAGAUGAAUUUGCUGUGGCGAUGUACCUAGUAUAUCAAGCCCUUGAGAAAGAACCAGUUCCCUCUGUACUUCCACCGUCACUUAUACCACCCUCCAAAAGAAAAAACGUUUUUCCUGGUGCUGUACCUGUUCUUCCUGCAAGUCCCCCACCCAAAGAUAGCCUGCGUUCAACUCCCUCCCAUGGCAGUGUGAAUAGUCUGAACAGCACAGGAAGCUUAUCUCCCAAACAUGGCAUAAAACAAACCCAGCCAACAGUGAAUUGGGUGGUACCAUUGUCUGAUAAAGUGAGAUUUGAUGAGAUUUUCUUGAAAACUGACUUGGACAUGGAUGGUUAUGUGAGUGGCCAGGAAGUGAAAGAAAUAUUUAUUCACUCGGGCCUUACUCAGAGUCUCUUAGCACACAUAUGGGCCCUGGCCGAUACAAGGCAGACGGGAAAGCUAAGCAAGGAGCAGUUUGCAUUAGCCAUGUAUUUCAUUCAGCAAAAGGUUCAUAAAGGAAUCGAUCCUCCUCAGGCUUUGUCCCCUGACAUGAUCGCUCCCUCAGAAAGAAGCACUCCUCUUCAGGAUAGUUCAAGCACUCUUGGAUCAGGGGAGUUCACAGGAGUAAAAGAGCUUGAUGAUAUCAGUCAGGAGAUUGCUCAGCUGCAAAGAGAGAAAUAUUCCUUGGAACAAGACAUUCGAGAAAAGGAAGAAGCCAUUAGACAUGAAGUGCAGGAGUUGCAGAAUGAUUUAGACAGAGAAACAAGUAAUUUGCAAGAAUUAGAAGCCCAGAAACAAGAUGCUCAAGAUCGCCUUGAUGAAAUGGACCAGCAGAAAGCUAAACUUAAAGAUAUGCUAAAUGAUGUAAGGCAAAAAUGCCAGGAAGAAACACAGAUGAUUUCAUCAUUGAAAACUCAGAUUCAGUCUCAGGAAUUGGAUUUAAAAUCGCAGGAGGAUGACCUGAAUAGGGCCAAAACGGAAUUGAACCGAUUGCAACAAGAAGAAACCCAACUAGAACAGAGCAUCCAAGCAGGGAAAGUUCAACUGGAAACAAUAAUUAAAUCUUUGAAAUCAACACAAGAAGAAAUUAAUCAGGCAAGAAGUAAGCUUUCCCAACUGCAAGAGUGUCACCAGUAAGCCAACAAAAGUAUUGAACAGUAUAACGAAGCACUGAAUGGGAUUCCUGGUGACAGCAUGACGAACUUAGCUGACCUCAGUGAAGGAGCCGCACAGAAAGAAAAAGGUAGUUUUGGAGCUAUGGUAAAGGUUGAAUAA